AUGGACCGAUGCACAGGGAACCGUGGCUCUCUGUACGUGCAGAGGAUGAGCUACGAGGCUCAGAUACGGAACUACCGAGGGACCGACCCGCUGGACCCGUGGGACAGGUACGCGCGGUGGGUAGAAGGAUGUCUGCCCCUCCAAGAACAGCAAACCCGCUUGCCCGGCCUCCUGGAGCAGCUCGUGAAGGCGUUCCUAAGUGACGCGAGGUACCGCGGGGAUCCAAGAUUUGUCAACUACUGCGUUAAGCUGGCGCAGUUCAUCACUUCUCCUUGCCAGUACUUUGACUACCUGUAUGGACAGGGAGUUGGUGCAAAGGCAUCCGACUUCUACGUCGCGUGGGCUCAGCAGCUUGUAAACGAAGGCAAAGUGGAGUGUGCGGGAGCUGUCCUGCAGAAAGGACUUCACAACCAGGCACAGCCACGAGAGAACUUGCAACAGCUGUAUUGCUGGCUGCAGAAUUAUGAUCCUCGGAAUCCUCCUUUGCAAGGUGCUGCUGUUAUAAAACCACUUCAAACUUCGCAUGCUGCAAAUCAAAUGGCGCCUCGAAAAGGUGUUUCAAAUCCUAACGACCCAGUGUACGCUUGCAAAAAUCAGGGUCCUGAUUCUGCUGGUACUCAGUCCUGUUCUUCUGGUGGAAGAGAAGAAGUAAAGUACGUUACGUACAUCUCCAAGUCCGAAGUUCUUCCCAAGUCGUCAUCUACCGUUGUUGAAUGUGAGCAGGUUGCAAUGUAUGAUAAAAACCUGCUCAUAGGUGAAGGCUCUGAACUUUCAUUUGAGGAGCUAAGAGCCAAGAGAUACUUCAAGAAAUAUGAGCGCCUCAGAAGACAGCAAGAAUGGGAAGAAGAAGAGAGAGACUCCAUAAGGAAAAAAGAGUCAGCUGUCCUUGAACUGCAAGCCCUGCAGCAGAAGCUGGAACAGCUCACCCAGCUCACCAAAAGCUUGGAGGAAACUAGACUGGAACCAGCAUCUACGACAUCAGCUGAACCAAAUAAAACGGUGGUGCAUCCACACAUGACACCCGGUGCAGGUCUACAGCAGAACUGGAUGGCAUCUUGUCAAAGCUCAGAUCUGCAGAACGCCCAAGGUCUGGUGCCAGACCAGCCUCGAUCAAGUACUUUAUCAUCCUCUGCUCUUACACUGCAGUCAGUGAAACCCGUUGGCCGCUGGAUGACAUCGACCUCCCUGUGGGAAGCAACAUACAAGAAGGAUGCAGUCAAAACUCGGCUAGAGCUUGGAGAACUCCAGAACAGUUUGUUACGCCCUCCAUUCAAUAAUGUUUCGGCUCGGGAACGGGCACAUCCUGACUUGGCUCUUAAUUGGAGCACUGGAGAACAGCACCCUAACAAGGGAUCCACUGGACCAACUACUUCUGUGGACGUGAAAGAAGCAUCUAGAGUUGGAAAUUCUUCCUUUGCUUCUGGCAAUGCUUCUCAAGCUACCCCAAACACCUCGCUGGGAGGAGCAAUGCAGGCAACACCGUUCAAAGUGCAGCCUUCACCUACGGUUCAUACAAAGGAAGCGUUGGGAUUUCUCAUGGAUAUGUUUCAAACACCCAUCUUGCCCGAAGCAUCUCCUCUUGAAGAAAGCGAGGAGCGAUUUGAAGUCUUUUGCAGAAGAAAGCCUGAUGGAAGUCUGAAAGCUAAUGUUGUUGCCCCUGUCCUGCCUGCAUUUUCUAUCUUUGAAGAUGAGAAUGAAAAAGAGAACAGCGGGAUCCCGCAGCAUAAAAACAAGCCAGAAGAGCCCAGAACUAUUGGAGGACGUCCCUUGACUGACUGUACAGCGGGUGCAGAAGAAGAAACAGGGACACCGGAGUUCUUGAGGGAUGAUUAUACGGUGUGGAAUGUACCAAGUAGUAAUAAAACGUUAGCUCCCAGUCCAAACAACACAAGAGACUUUGCACGAGCUGCCCAGCUUGUAUCAACACCAUUUAAUUACCUGUCGGCACAUUCACGACAAGCUUUGGAGGACAAAGCCUGUGGGGAUGACUUGCCGCAAAUGGAUUUGGAGCUUUCUGAAGAACAGCACAAGCAGACAAAACCGAAGAAGCUGAGCCCUGCUCUUGAACACAUUGCAGAACAAGGAGAGCUUCAAGGAAAUGUCUUGAAACAAGGAAAUGGAAUUCAAGGAAUUGCUACAGCUGCUUCUCAAAGAUUACAUGAGCAGACUGCCACGAGCAGAACUGAAUAUUCCUCGUCUUUUGGGGCGGACAAAAUUUCCCAUGAAAAGCUGUCUGGAGCUGGGCAGGACAGGACAGCCCGGAGUGCGAGAGCUGCAGUCCUUGUUGAGAACCCUUGGGAUAAGGAGUUGAUUUGCAAAUUCUUAUCAGAGCUUCCUAAACCACUGCACACCUAUGCCAACUACUUUGAAUGGAAAUCUGCUCUUCCACCCAUCAAACCGAAGACUGAACUCCCACUGGGUUCCAGCUCGUUCCAUGUGGACUGCUUGGUUGGAGAGGGAGCUUUUGCUCAAGUCUAUCAGGCUUCCAUCCUGGAUGCAAGUAACCCAAGAAACAAUCAGAAAGUAAUAUUCAAGGUCCAGAAGCCUGCCAACCCUUGGGAGUUCUAUAUAGCAACACAACUGGUAGAAAGGCUCAAUCCAAGUGUACGCCAUCUCUACAUCCACUUCUAUUCUGCUCAUUUCUUUCAAAAUGGAAGCAUUUUGGUUGGUGAGCUCUACAACUAUGGAACGUUGCUAAAUGCCAUAAACAUUUACAAAAAGCUUCCUGAAAAGGUGAUGCCUCAAGCACUUGUAAUCUACUUUGCUGUAAAAAUUCUUUAUAUGGUGGAAGAGCUCCACAGCUGCAAAAUCAUUCAUGGUGACAUUAAACCUGACAAUUUCAUACUUGGAGAAAGGUUUCUGGACAAUGAUACAUGUGACAUAGAUGGUCUCUCUCAUGGCUUGACGCUCAUUGACUUGGGCCAGAGCAUAGACAUGAAACUCUUUCCUGAAGAAACGGCAUUUACUGCAAAGUGUGAAACAUCUGGAUUUCAGUGUAUUGAAAUGCUGACGCAGAAACCGUGGAACUACCAGACAGACUACUUCGGCAUUGCAGCAACGGUCUACUGCAUGCUCUUUGGUACCUACAUGCAAGUGAAGAACGAAAACGGUAUCUGGAAGCCUGAGGGAGCCUUCAGAAGGCUUGCCAACGCUGACCUGUGGAAAGAGUUCUUUGAGAGCAUGCUAAACAUCCCCAGUUGCCACAGCCUGCCUUCUCUAGGAGUUUUGCGCAAAAGGCUGAAGGACUUGUUUUGCAAGUCAUAUGCAAAGGAAAUAAAGUUCCUUCGGAACAGACUUGUUGUGUUGCUUAUAGAACACAAACGGUCGCGAAAAUAA